UCCUCACAUUGCAGAGGCGCGGAAGUUGGUUUAGUAGGAUACGUUAUGUUGUACACUUGUGCGAAAUAACUUCAAAUACAGUUAGCUAUCUAGUUUAAAGGACAUAUGGUUUAGGAGCAGAUGAACAUUCAAAGUGUUCAGAAUGGUUUUAAUCCACGAAAAAAGAGCAACCAAACAUUAGCAUGCCGAUGUAACGUUAGCGUUAAGCGAACCUGACUGGCUAACGUUAGCUAUGUGCAGUUGCAUAUCUAAAGUUAAAUGUAAAUUGUUUUGAGAAAUGCAACGAUACUGAUUGAUAGAGAACUGUUAACAUUUGCUUACAUUUUGAACAAUUUUCUUAGGUAUAGCUACCUGUUUUUAUGCAAUAGCUUACAAUUUAGUGUUGUUCGGACGUCAACUUUUCCUCCACACAUGAAUUGUUAGCUAGCUAGCUAACGUUAGCUGGAGACAGCUGGCUACCUGACAGCCAUUGUAAUUAUCUGCUCUUGCUGAGUGUUGCCGGACUUUGGAAAGAAUAGGAGAUUUAACUAGCUACCAAUUACUUUCUCGUAUUCAUCCAGACAGCUAGUUAGUUAUCUUACAGAAAGACACAUUCACCAUCCUUACCACUCCGAUUUAGAAAACAAGCAGAAUGUUGGGGGAAUGCGGUAUGUUGGAACUAGACAAAAGAGCGCUUCGGAAACGCUCUGUGACUCUCUGCAAAGAGAUGGUGGUGGACGAGCUGUUCAUUCAGUCGCUGCAGGCAGACGACAUUCUUACCGACAGUAUGGCAGAAAGCAUCCUGGCGGAGCCGACCUCCCACAAGCGGGGCUGGCGUCUGCUGUCCCUGCUCCCCAAGCGUGGUCCCAGAGCCUUCAGCAGCUUCUGCUCAGCACUGAGAGACACAGAGCAGCAGCACCUAUGUGCACUGCUCACAGAGUCACCAGAGAGAGACAGCAGGGAGAGGGACAGAGAGAGACAGAGGUAUGUGGACUCUCCCCUACCACUCCCCACCCAGGAGGGGAAGGUUGCAGCCAAGAGAGCCAGAACACAAGUGUCAAUGGAGAUGUGUCUGGAUGCAGACAGUCCCAUCACCACCCCUGUUCUUCGCUGUACACAAGACUUCUACCUCUCACGCUGCCUACAGUCCUACAGUAUGGUGUCCAGUCCUCGUGGCCAGGCCUUGGUGAUCAGUAACGUGUCCUUUGACCCCUGUGCUGCUCCUGACCUGGACUCCAGGAGGGGAGGGGAAGUGGACGAGGAGGUCCUCAGGAAGGUGUUCACUGAGCUGGACUACAUAGUCACCGUACGGAGAGACCUCACAGCGCAGGGCAUGCGGGCGUGCAUUGAGCAGUUUGGCAGACGGCAGGAGCACCAGACACUAUCCAGCUGUGUGGUGUGUCUGCUGUCCCAUGGAGUAGAGGGGGCUAUCUACGGCACAGACGGACAGCUACUGGAGUUAGACUGGGUGUUUGAGGCGUUUGACAACGCGCACUGUCCUCUACUGCAGAAUAAACCCAAGAUGUUCUUCAUCCAGGCCUGCAGAGGAGAGGAGAUGGACUGUGGUGUGGAGCAGUCAGACGGGCCAGAGAGGACCCAGUCUCCUGGCUGUGAACAGAGGGAUGCAGGGAGGGAGGGAGAGGGGGAUGGAGACACCAGGCAGACAGAGGAGAGUGGCAGGCUCAGAGUCAAACUGCCCCAGCGCUCUGACAUGAUCUGCGGCUUCGCCUCCCUCAAAGGCACUGCAGCCAUGAGGAACACCAAGAGAGGAUCCUGGUUCAUCCAAGAGCUCAACUCAGCACUCCGCUUCAGAGCCAGAGACACACACCUAUCAGACAUACUGGUGCAGGUGAAUGGUCGUAUUAAAGAAAGAGAAGGCUAUGCUCCUGGCACCCCCCACCAUCGCUGUAAGGAGAUGUCUGAAUUCACCAGCUCCCUCUGUAAAGACCUCUACCUGUUCCCCAAGUACCACCCUCAGUACUGACACACACACAUUCCGGCGCACCUACAUUGUCACACACACACCGCACCCACUACUGACACACACACACACUGUUAUACACACUCAUAGAGGAUUCAUUCAUUCACAUUUGCUGUGCAAAUUCCCUCUCACAGACAAACUCUUGGAAAGGAAAAUGGAACAAGUUUAUGUAAAGUAUAUGUACUUGGUAAUGGGCAUGAAGUAUACGUUACUGGUAUGCAGCUUAUGUGUGUACCUACCUAUCAGCUAAGCUUCCUGUAUGUGUAUCUGUGCCAGUUAUGAAAUGGGAUUGAAAUGUUCUAUGAAAUCCUAUUAGCUAGUUAACACACCAGAGUAUAUUUAAAUCUAUCGCUUUUAAUUUCUUACUAAACAGUAUCUUUUGGGUUUCAAGAUUAUUCUUUUUUUAAACAUGUAUUUUGUAUGCCGAUCUAUUUUUAUCAAUUUAUUUUGUAUCAAAUCCUUUUGAAGCUCUUUUUUGUAAGAAUUUUAAAGCCCUUGUCCCCUUUUUGUAUGAAAAAAAUGUUUAUUAUCACAUGCAAAAUGUUAUAUGCAUUAGAAUACGAAAUCCCCCUGACCAAAUGAAGGUAUGUAUCCGUGUCCACCUGAUGGGCAGACAGAUGGCGGUGUAGAGUUGUUGGCUGAUGAUGCAGCAUAGAGGGAGCUGCAUUUCAAUACCUUACUGUUUUUACCCCCUCAUCCUAGUAAUCUGAGUCUUCCACUGAAGGAUAUUGGAACAAGUAGAUAUGAUAUUGGGAGAUUCCAGUUUGUUAGCAAUGAUUUGAUGUGUUAUUGAUCCAACGAGUGUAAUGGAGUCAUGACCAUUUCUCUCACAAACAACCGUGCUCCCCCCUCCCAUCUCUGUACUUCCAUGAGGGGGUUACUAUGUUAACAAGUUAGGGCACGUCUUUACAUCAAGUUGCCUUAUGGCAUGUAGAAUAAUUUUUGUAACUACACUGGUAACCAGACUGUUAUUACUUAGAUGUGAUGAAAGAAAUGUGUCAAAUAUGGGGGGGGGGGGGUUAGUUACAUUUAUAUGUAGUCACACCAAUGAAUUAUAUUAUAAUUCUAUGUAACUGCUUGUUAUCUCUGGUCAACUUGAGAUCUAAGUUAUCCACUGUCAAUGUUUCUUUGACCAUUAAGAUUUCAGUUCACAAAAUGGAUGUACAUGGAUGUUUAAAGAUAUAUGGAUUGAUUUUAAAGCAGCUACUGUAUUUUCCUUAGAAAUUUGAUAUGCAAUAUUCCAUAGCAAUGUGUGCCAUGUGAAAGAUGUGUUAAGUAUUGUCUUUAAAAUACUUGGUUUAUCAUUUACAUAAGACAAUGCAUCACAUUCAAGUGUAUGAGUAGCAAUAUUGAUGUUUCUCAGAAUGAGCAGUGUGUUUGCUUCCAACAGUGUUGUAGGGAAGAGUGAUAUGACAGGAACUGUAUGAAUUGAGCUGUUGACCAACCAAUCACAGAGACAGUGCGGUGUGCCCAUCUUUAAAAGGGACAGUUCCAUAGAGAUCCUAUUAAAUUUGUAUUCUAAUUCUAUGGACAGUACACCCCAAAAUCAAAGUUUGCCAGUCUUUUGUUAGACAUUUUCCAUUUGAUUUGAAGCAUCUAGUUCAGUUUGAACUAACUUAAUGUGUACAAUAUAGCAGUAUCUACACAACCGGUAUGGGGGGAAAGUCAUAUUUGUUGUUAUUGUAAAUGUUCAGAAAGUGGAUUUUGUGGUGAAGGUAGCUAUCCCUUGAAAGUGAAGUACUGAUGGCUGGGGUUCACUGCCAUAAGAUAAGGAUCUGCUGGGGAUGGGGGAGAAGAUGACUGUAUUUAUGUGGAAAACAGACUGCCAAAUGUUCAAGAAAAUAAACAACCCCUCUGUUUUUUCUAUGAA